AUGUGGUGUAUCCUGCGACUGACAAGAUUUGCAGCUUACAACAAGUGGCAUGAGACCGAGUUGGAGAGAUGGCUCUCUGACCACGAUGUCCCCUACCCUACCCCUGCCGACCGCAAGGAUCUCGUCGACCUAGUCAAGACCAACUGGGACGAGAAGGUUGCUCAGCCCUACAACAGCUGGGACACCAAGCAGCUCCAGAACUACAUCUCAAGCUCUGGCCAGCAGGUCAAGAAGGGCACUGAGCAGAACAAGGACAGCCUUGUCAGCCAGGUCAAGUCGUACUGGUAUGAGACUGCCGACCAAGCCUCGGACGCCUAUUCGUCUGUCCAGGACUGGGUCUUUGACAGCUGGACCGACUCGCAGCUCAAGUCUUUCCUCGACUACCACAGCAUUCCCAACCCCUCUCCUCGCUCCCGCGACACCCUGCUUCACUCUGCUCGUUCCAACUACCAGUCCGUCGCCAAGAAGGCUGGUGAGACCACCGCUUACCCCGGCAACUGGCUCUACUCGCAGUGGGCCGACUCUGACCUCAAGGCCUGGCUCGAUGAGCGUGGCAUUCCUGUCCCUCAACCCAGCUCUCGUGACAAGAUGAUCGCUGCCCUUCGCCGCAACUCCCGCACUGCAUCCAACCAGGCUGCUAAGGCUGCCGCCUCUGCAUCUUCUUCUGCCGCCGGCGCCCAGCAGUCGCUGUCUGAGCAGCUCCUCAACUCUUGGUCCGAGAGCCAGCUCAAGCAGUGGUUCGACAAGAACGGCAUCAAGGUUCCCCAGGGCUCCAAGCGCAACGAGCUGAUCGCCCUCGCCCGCAAGCACAGCGCUAAGCUUUCCGGUGACAACGUCUCCGCCUCGGCCUCUUCGCUCUACGGUGAGGCUUCCAAGUCUGCCGGCUCCGUCUACAACGCCGCUUCUGGUGCUAUUGGCAACUCUGCUUCUUCCGCCUCUGGCGCUGCGGCCAAAUCUGCUUCCUCCGCCUCGGGUGUUGCAGCAAAGUCUGCUUCUUCCGCCUCUGGUGUUGCUGGCAAGUCUGCCUCUUCGCUUUCCGGCGCUGCCGCCAAGUCUGCCCACUCGGCCACCAACGCCGCUGGCAGCCAGUUCGCAUCUGCCACUGAUUCGGCUUACGGUUCCGCUCAGUACUGGUUCGACUGGGCCAAGGCUCAGAUCGGCAUUGGUGGUGAGGAGGCCAAGGCUUCUCUCGCUUCCAUCUCCAGCGUUGCCUCUGCUUCUGCCUCUUCCCUUUCCAGCUACGCCUCCGCAUCUGGUUCGUCCGGCUACAACGCUGCCACCGAUGCUGCUGCUGCUUCCGCCUCCUCUGCCUCGAGCGUCGCUGGUGACUAUGCCAACAGCGCCUACGAUGCUGCCGCCGCUUCUGGCAAGUCUGCCACCGAUGCCGCUGGCAAGUCGGCUUCUUCUCUGACUGGUGCUGCCGCCAAGUCCGCCUCGUCCGCAUCCAGCGCCGCUUCGGUCGCUGCUUCCAAGUCGUCGUCAUCUCUUUCCAGCGCUGCUGCCAAGUCUGCCUCGUCCGUCUCUGCUUCUGGCCCCAAGUCUGCUAGCAGCGCUGCCAGCAGUGCCUCCAAGGGCGCCGCCGGCUACGCCCAGCAGGCUGCCGAUGCAGUCAGCGAGAACGCCAGCUCGGCCAAGCACAGAGCUUCCGAGGCUGCCCAGAGAGCUACCGACCGCGUCAAGGAGGAGCUCUAA